AUGUUCUGCACCGUGUCCACUGAGGAGCAGCUGUUCGCCGAAUCGAGAGAUGCAGGAACCGUCUGCGAGCAAGUUUCUUGGCUCUGCUGCGCAUCCUCGAACGACUGGGUCAACGGGCUUGGUCUCACUCUCACCAGCGACGUUGCACUGCCAGAAAAAGCGCCAUGCCGAGGCGAGGGUCACUGCCACACUGAAAGGGUUCAAAGAACAGUGGCCAAUGCAACCCAACAUGUCGAUCGUUCCGCCUACAUUGCAACUCAACUCAUACGAUUCUUUUCUUUCAGCUAA